UAUUUUGUUUCUCAUAUUUCUCCCUUUUGUAGAUUGACUGUUACAGACUCGGAUGGAGCCUCUAACUCCACAACUGCAGCCCUAAUAGUCAACAGUGCUGUGGACCAUCCUCCAGUUGCCAAUGCAGGACCAAAUCAGACCAUAACUUUGCCCCAAAACUCCAUCACUUUGAAUGGAAACCAGAGCAGUGAUGAUCACCAGAUUGUCCUCUAUGAGUGGUCCCUGGGUCCAGGGAGUGAGAGCAAAGAGGUGGCCAUGCAGGGUGUUGAGACACCAUACCUUCAUUUGUCGGCCAUGCAGGAAGGAGACUAUAUGUUCCAGCUGAUGGUGACAGAUUCUUCAAAGCAGCGAUCCACGGCUGUGGUCACUGUGACUGUCCAGCCCGAAAACAACAGGCCUCCGGUGGCUGUGGCCGGCCCGGACAAGGAGCUGGUCUUCCCGGUGGAGAGCACCACCCUGGAUGGCAGCAGGAGCACUGACGACCAGGGCAUCGUCCUCUACCACUGGGAGCACGUCCGAGGCCCUGGCGCCGUGCAGAUGGAAAAUCCCGACGACGCCGUAGCCACGGUGCGCAGGCUCCGGGUGGGGACCCACCGCUUCCGUCUGACGGUGACUGAUGGGCAGGGGCUGAGCAGCACAACCACCCUCACUGUGGCCGUGAAGAAGGGAAAUAACAGUCCUCCCAGAGCCCACGCCGGUGGCCGCCACGUGCUUGUGCUUCCCAAUAACUGCGUUACUUUGGACGGUUCGAGGUCUACCGAUGACCAAGGAGUUGUGUCCUACCUGUGGGUCCGGGACGGCCAGAGCCCAGCUGCUGGGGAUGUCAUCGAGGGCUCCGACCGCAGCGCAGCCCUGCAGCUUACCAAUCUGGUGGAGGGCGUCUACACGUUCCGCUUGCAAGUUGCUGAUGGUCAGGGGGCCUCGGACACGGACACGGCCACCGUGGAAGUGCGGCCAGACCCUAGGAAGAGUGGACUGGUGGAGCUGACCCUGCAAGUGGGCGUGGGGCGGCUGACCGAGCAGCAGAAGGACACCCUCAUGAGACACCUGGCGGCCCUGCUGAACGUGCCAGACUCAGACGUUAAGGUUCAGAAGAUCCAGGCCCACUCGGACCUCAGCACCGUGAUUGUGUUUUAUGUCCAGAGUGGGCCGCCUUUCGAGGUUCUCAAAGCUGCCGACGUGGUCCACAGUUUGCACAGGCAGCUCUCAAAGGAGAAGGCCGAUUCCUUGCUCUUCAAAGUCUUGAGGAUCGACACAGCAGGCUGCCUUCUGCAGUGCUCUGGCCACGGUCACUGCGACCCCGUCACCAAGCGCUGUGUGUGCUCCUGGCUGUGGAUGGAGAACCUGAUACAGCGUUACAUCAGGGAUGGGGAGAGCAACUGCGAGUGGAGUAUAUUCUACGUGACGGCGUUGGCUCUCACUGUCCUCGUGCUGAUCGGGGGCUCGCCCUGGCUUUGCAUCUACUGCUGCAAGAGACGAAAAAGGACUAAAAUAAGGAAGAAAACCAAGUAUACCAUCCUGGAUAACAUGGACGACCAGGAGAGAAUGGAGCUGAGGCCCAAGUAUGGUAUUAAACACCGAAGCACAGAGCACAACUCCAGCCUGAUGGUGUCCGAGUCUGAGUUUGACAGUGAUCAGGACACAAUCUUCAGCCGAGAGAGGAUGGAGAGAGGGAAUCCAAAAGUUGCUAUGAAUGGUUCCCUCAGAAACGGAGCUUCCUUCAGCUAUUGCACAAAGGACAGAUAAUGGAGCAGUUUGUAAACUCGAAGGCUACCCACAGGAAUCGCUGAAUCCAGGACCAGUUAAUGGGAGUUAAAACACAGAACUAACUCUUGUUAGAAUAGUGCAUUAAUGUCCUUUCACACGGGGCUGGAUGUGUGUCCCUGUAUUUAAAAGAUCUGUUUUCUUGGGGUGUUGGAGACAUGAAACAAAACAGAAACGUUGCUCUUUUAAACAGAGAUGCUUGCUAACAGAGAUACAGGUUGGGUCAGAUACUAGGUAUACACGUAGAAGAGUUUCGUGUUUCGUAGGUGGCGCAGUAUUUAUAUUACCUAUGUGGAAAUAAAGACUACCCCUGUGUCUAUCCGCAGACCUUUAGGUAAGUUAAACACGCAUUUAAAGAGGGCUGAUUUCUCUUUGGAGCUGCGAUUGCCUUUGAGGACGACAUUCCGAACAUGAUUUUUCUGGUAGGACCCACACAGUCACAUGGCUGCGUAUAUUACAGUAGCUUACUUGAGGUGUGGGUUGUCUUCUGUGUGGCAAGUUUUCUGUGCUGACUGAGACCCCUGUACAGAGCAAGCCCCCCAGUAUGUUUAUUCCUUGCUGUGGCCAGCCACCGUUUGCCCUCUGACAGCAGCUCCUGGGAAUCUGAGAGCUGAAUAAGAAUCAUCUGAUGAGGACCAGAGGCAUAGAAAGGGACGUGGGGGCAUAAUGACCUGUAGGUUGAAAGUUGAAGGUCACAUGGUAACAUUCUUUGCCUUUUCUUUCUCCUAGAAAAGCUACCUUGAAGCCUCUCCUAGCCCCAGUGUAUGUUAAACGCGAUAAAAGUGAUUAUUAACCGA